CCCCGCUUCCAAGCCAGACCCUGCGGACCUGCCCCUCACAUGGAGGAGCAGGCACGCGGUUGCGGCAAACGUCAUGUAGGUUAAAGCACCUCGCCCCUCGGGAGGGGGCAGACCUCGCUGCUGUAUCUCCCACCAUCAAGGUUUCUUUGACCGUCUUACACUUCUACGCAACCAUGUCCAACGCUAUCCAGAAGCAAGUCGCCGAGGGCGCCGUGCCCAACCACGUUUCCAAUGUCUGUCCCGAGGGGACCAAAAUGUGGGUGCUGGAGGUGGGAUGGCUCGAGGCCGAUGAGGGCUUCGUGGUCCGCGGUGGAAAUACGUCGGUCAAGAGUUCGGCGGAUAAAGCUUUCGUGAACAAACGUCGCCAGUUGCCCAUGUACUGCAUCCUGAUUGAGCAUCCCAUCGAGGGCUUGAUCCUGUGGGAGACGGGAUGCGGCAAGGACUACCCGACCGUCUGGGGUCCCCAAUUGUCCGACAUCUUCACCCGAGUCCGGUACGAGCCCGCUCACGAGCUGGACGCCGCCAUCGAGGCCACCGGGCACAAAGUGGAGGACAUUAAGAAGAUCAUCAUCGGUCACUUGCAUCUCGACCAUGCCGGCGGCCUGGAUCUCUUCCUCGACCGAAAGGAUAUCGAAAUCUGGGUCCACGAUCUCGAGCUGCGAUCCGCCUUCUGGUCCAUUGCCACCGGCGCUGAUGUGGGCGUGUACCUCAAGCACUACAUGAAGCUUGACCUCAACUGGAAGACCUUUGACGAACGCACGUUCGACUUCUGCCAGGGCAUCACGCUGCACCACUUGCCCGGCCACACGGACGGCCUGAUUGGCAUGCAAAUCAACCUGCGCGACAGCGGCACCUUCCUCUUCAUCAGUGACCACUGUCACGUCAUCGAGAACUGGCGCGACGGUAUUCCGCAGGGAUGGUUGGCUCGUGACCACCCAGCUUGGUUCCGCUCUACCCAGCGCCUGAAGCAACUCGUCCGAACCACGCGCGGCCGCGUGAUCCCCGGACACGACGAGGGAACGUUCCUGGAGAUCAAGAAUGAGAAGCCGGUGUAUUCGUAGAGGCCGGGCGUAGAGCCAAUAUCGAGUCACGCAAGCCGUCUCGUUAGAACCCUAAGGUGAGUGUAUAUAUUGUUGAUGGUCUUGCUCUUCUUGAUGCUCGAUACACAUGAGUUUCCUUGACUGUCUUUUGUGUGCAAUCUCGUAAGCAGCAGAGUAAGGCAAUGCAACACCGCCAGCACAAAGCGAUCACGUCCGGACUUCACAGCGCAAGGGCUGCGGGGAAAGUGCGAAUCGACAGCCGUGUUUGCCGUUUUGGGCCGAAAGGCUCACAAUCGGAGUCGCACCGGUAAGAAGAGGG